AUGUCUGAUGAGGAGCAAAACGAGGGCGGCGAUGUUGCUGAGGCAACGGCCCAAGGCGGAGAGGACAACUCUUUAUUGGAAACCUUAAUGGCUGAAAUCGAAAAGUUAAAAAAUGAGAAUAAACACACAAAACAAGCACUUUCAGCAGUAACUGUUAGCCAGGGCGAGGCUAGUACUUCAAGUAAGAAUGCACCAUCUAGUCCAGCACAGACACCCCAAGUUGUGUAUGUUUCCCGAGAGCGUAAAAUACAGAAGUUUUCUGGUAGUCGAAAGGCAGAUGAAGAUACAGUGGAGAAUUUUGUUGACAAUGUGAAAAGUUUGAUACCAGCUAGGAAAAUGACCCAAUUUGAACAAACAGACUUUGUGUUAUCACUGUUGGAAUCAUCAGCGAAGGUAGAAGUCAAAUUGCGCCCUACAGCCAAACGUGACACUUCUGAUAAAAUCUGCAAUAUCUUAUUGGAGGCUUUUGGCGAGCGGAGAACCACACCACAGUUACUAAAGUCAUUCUACGAGCGAAAGCAAAAGGAUACAAAAACCCUGAGGGAGUUCUCGCAUGCGCUGUGUGAGAUUUACAACCGAAUUUAUUCGCGAGACACCACCAUCAUACCUUCUCGUGAUCAGGCCCUCCGCGACCAAUUUGGUGACAACGUGAGAGACCCACUUCUACGGAAGGAAUUAAAGCGCAUGGUACGAAGCAACUCCAGCUCUAAGUUUCUAGAAGUACGAGAAGAAGCUCUACACUGGGCAGAGGAGAAUGAAAAGAUGCGUCCUACAAAAAGAAAUGUAUCAAGUGAAGCAGUUUCAACCACACAGUCAAACAAAGAGAUGGAUAAAGUAUUGCAAGCCCUCGAAGAGCAGCGUAAGUCGAUUGAUAAUUUGUCCCAAACCCUUAUUUCCCUUUCCAGAUCCAACAAUAAUAUUCAGCGGAAUCAGGGAGGAAGAGGCGGCCGAAACCCCUCUCUACGCGGUUUUGACGAAAGAGGGAACAGAAUUUGUUUUAAAUGCCAAGGAGUCGGACACAUUGCAAGAGAUUGUGUGAAUAACACAAGUCAACGCCAGAAUGACGGCCUUCCCCCAUCAAAUGGCCCACCACGCAAUACUGCCCCACCCUCAUCGUAUGUCCAUAGCCAAGAUACAUCAGCGCCAAACGGUCUCCCUCCACAGUCGCGAGUCGGACAGUAGGAGGGGAAGGCGCAGACUCUCAUAGCAUACCAGAAAGAAUAAUUGGCAAGUGUCCUGUUGCUGUUGUGAACAUUGGAGGCGUGUCUGUAUCAUAUUUACUUGAUUCAGGCUCUGAGGUCUCUACUAUUACAGAAGAAUUCUUUAAUACUCAUUUUAAACCAAAGGGACAGGAACUACUUUCAACCAGUGGGUGGUUAAAACUGACAGCAGCAAAUGGGUUAGAAAUACCCUACAUUGGGUAUUUCGAACUUGACAUUGAAGCUUUCGGCUUAAACGUGCCCAGACGAGGAAUACUGGUCGUAAAGGAUUUUGCCAAUGAUGCUAUAAGAGCCCGGAAGAGAGACGUACCAGGUUUCCUUGGAAUGAAUGUACUAUGUGAAAUGGGACAAGUGUUAGCUAAGUUCGAGGGAACGGAGUUUUUAAGUAAAGUUGAUCCUGUAUGGUCACAGCCAAUCCAGGCUGCUAAACGUCGUGCGAAUACAUCAGUACGAGGUAUCGUUCGAGUUGCAGGAAAGCGUGCAGUACGGAUCCCAGCUAGUUCGGUAACAACAAUACCUGCCACUGGUUGGGGUGGUCAAGUGAAGUGCGAGAUGGCAAUGGUGGAACCAGUUGUUGGACAACAUUUGUCGCACCUAGUGGUACUCAACACCCUCGUGAGACCGUCAUCCCCCUGCUGUGUGAGAGUUGCAAAUCUAACCAAUGACGAUUUGUGGAUCCAGCCAAGGACAAGGAUAGGUGUUCUUCAUGCAGUUUUACAACAUCGAAAGUGGUGUGGAAUUCAAGAGAGUGUCAGUCAACGAAGAAAUGGUUACGGUGCAAGAUAGCGAGAACACAUCAAUUCCAGACGUCGUGGACAAUACUGAAUGUCCUUGCAACGGACUUUCCCCAGAGCAGCAAGAAAAGCUGCACGCACUGUUGAACAAGCAUGCUUCCGUAUUUUCAAAGUCAGACGAUGACAUUGGCUACACGGAGACGGUUAAACACAAAAUUAGGACGGAGGAUGACAUCCCGGUUACGCAACCCUACAGACGAAUUCCUCCAAAUCAAUACCAAGAGGUGAAGGAACACAUUCAGAAAUUACUUGAUAGCUCAGUCAUUCGAGAAAGUCACAGCCCUUAUGCAUCUCCUAUUGUGUUAGUGAGAAAGAAGAACGGCACCCUUCGCCUGUGCGUUGAUUAUCGAAAGCUCAACUUAAGAACGCAAAAGGACUCAUUCCCUUUACCCCGGAUAGACGAGUCACUUGAUGCUCUCAAUGGUGCACAGUGGUUUACAACAUUAGAUCUUGCAAGCGGUUUUAAUCAGGUCGCAGUCGAAGAGGAAGACAAACCGAAGACCGCAUUCACUACUCCGUUUGGCCUGUUUGAAUAUAAUCGAAUGCCGUUUGGCCUCUGUGGUGCCCCUGCAAUGUUUCAGCGACUGAUGCAAAGCUGCCUUCACGACCAGAUCUAUCAACUGUUGUUGGUUUACCUCGAUGACGUUAUUGUUUUCUCAAAAACAUUUGACGAACACUUGGAAAGACUGGAAAAAGUUUUAACGAAGCUAGCGCAACAUGGGUUAAAGAUAAAGCGAGAGAAAUGCAGUUUUCUUAGAAAAGAAGUUUCGUAUCUGGGAUAUGUGGUUUCAUCUGACGGUGUCUCGACUGGCCCUGACAAAAUAUCCGUGGUGAAAAAUUGGCCGGUACCCAAGGCUGUAAAAGAACUUUGUUCGUUUCUUGGAUUUGCUAGCUACUAUCGUCGCUUCGUAAAGAUUUCUCCAAGGUCGCUGAGCCACUGCAUGAAUUACAGAACCGUUGUUUACACGAACUGA